AUGAUUCAACGACUACAACAGUUCACCAAGAAGAGAAGGCUGCUUUUUGCUGAGAAGAAGCAACAGCAUAUAGACCACGCUCCCAUUGAAUACUCACCAAACACGUUGCUGGGGCUACCUUUGGAACUGCUGUACAAGAUUGUCCAGAAUCUGGACCCAAAAGACUGGUUAAUCUUGUGCUUAAGCUGUCGAUAUCUUCAUGAUUUCAUUGACACUUUUUUCCUAUAUCAUGAUGUUAAACUAUCACACAAGGAUGCUUUGAUAAGGUUUAGAAAGACAAUUUCAAAGAAUAAAAAGACAAAUAAAUUAUCCUUGUAUGUUAAAUCCAUUGAAUUUUGUCGUCCUGAAAAGGAUUCAGCAGAAAUUGAAACAACUUCAAUUGCAGGCUUUGAGUACUCAACAGGUGGUAAAGAUUCCUCAAGUUAUAUCAGUAUAAUGUUGGAAAUAAUAUCUUUGUUACCCAAUUUAAAUCAUAUCAAUUUAAGUCAAAUUUCACCAGGGUUCCAAUUCCCAGAAUGGGCAAGCUCUUUGAAAACUUAUGCUCAUGAACAUAAUUAUUACCCAUCAAUUAGGAAACUGUCAUUGUCUUCAGAAUCUGGCUGGAAUAUAGCAUUAAGACCUAAUUUAUUAUGGCCGUUUGGGUUGAUUGAAGAAUUACAUUUAACCGAUAUAAUUAUUGAUUCAAGUUCAUUACUGAAACCAAAUUUACUAACAGUUUCUAAUGAAAAUGGUCCAUUAAUUACUAAACAAGCACUAACUAUUGAAAAUCCAAUAACAUGGUCACCUAUAAGGUCACUCACUCUAUCAUCAUGCUCAAUAGCAAGUAAUGGUUCAAGAUAUUUAAGAGGAUAUUUUAAACAAGUUGAAUCUUUGAAACUAAUCAAUUUAAGGUCACAUUAUGAUUUGCUAUUGAGUCAUUGCUUCACCUCUUUGAAAGAUUUGACAAUAGAUCUUAAUUCAAAAGGGUUCAGUUUAUAUUCAUCAACUGAAGCUAAUGCUAUUAAUGUUGACAACUUCAAUAGCAAUUUUGCUUAUUAUAAUUCAAUGUUUGUUCCUAAGUUUUAUAUCAAUUAUUUACAAUUUGUUGAUGUUAUUGAAAAACUUCCAUUUGUGAGUAAAAUUGCAUUAAUUAAUGUAUCAUUUACAAAUUUAAAACCCAUUGAUCCAGAAGAUAUUGCAAAUGAUGAAAACCAUUUGGUCAACAAUAAUUUGUUCAAGUUUUUAACUUUCUUAUCAAAAUUCCAAAAUGUUGAAUUUGUCAUGCUUAAAAAUUAUAAACUUCAUCAAUCAAGAGAUAAGGAAGCUUGGGAAUGUUUGUUAGCACCUUGCUUUACAUCAACAAAUUCAGUUAAAGUUAAGGACAGAGAUGGCUCAGUUUUAUUUUCAAGAAACAUUAGAUGCUGA